AUGGCGCGCUCGAAACAGGCCACGCCCGUCAGGCGGCAGACGUCCUCCGAGUACUUCUCCAAAAAUGACCUCGCGCGCACACCCAGCAACGGCGCCGCGGCACCCAACGGCAAGGCCGCCGACUCGGUCGUCGUGCCCGCCGCCGCUGCUCCCGUCGAGACCAAGGAAGCCGGCGCAUUGCAGAUUCUUAUCGCCGUGGGCGGUAUCUACGCCUCGUUCUUGACAUGGGCAUACCUCCAGGAGAAGCUCACGACGACACCGUACGGCCCCGCCUCCAAGCCCGAGGUCUUCAAGUAUCCCGUUUUCCUCAACACGAUCCAGUCCCUCUUCGCCGCGACAACGGGCCUCCUCUACCUCGCCUACAGCUCUCGCAACAAGCCUUCCCUGCCGCCCGUCUUCCCCUCCCGCAAGAUCUUCUGGCCCCUCGCCCUCGUCGCCGUCACCUCCUCCCUCGCCUCCCCCUUUGGCUACGCCAGCCUGAGCCACAUCGACUACAUCACCUUCCUCCUCGCCAAGUCCUGCAAGCUCGUCCCCGUCAUGCUGCUGCACACCACCCUCUUCGGAAAGCGCUACCCGCUCUACAAGUACCUCGUCGUCGCGGGCGUCACGGCCGGCGUCGCCGUCUUCACCCUGCACUCCGGCAGCAAGAAGAAGAAGUCCGUCGUCAACCCGGACGCCAACGUCCCCUGGGGCAUGCUCCUCCUGUCCAUCAACCUGCUCUUCGACGGCCUCACCAACACCACCCAGGACCACAUUUUCGCCACCUUCAAGGGCUACACGGGCCCUCAGAUGAUGUGCGCCAACAACCUCAUGAGCACCGCCGUCACCCUGGGCUACCUCGUCCUCAGCCCCUGGCUGGUGCACACCGGCCUCGGUGAGUACCUGGGCAUGGACGUCGCGGGCAACGCCGGGGAGCUCAAGGCCGCGCUGGGCUUCAUGGCGAGGUAUCCCGCCGUGUGGUGGGAUGUGCUGGGCUUCUCUGCCUGCGGCGCCGUCGGGCAGGUAUUCAUCUUCUACACCCUCUCGACCUUCUCCUCCGUCCUCCUCGUCACCGUCACCGUCACCCGCAAGAUGGUCACGAUGGCCCUCUCCGUCUUCGCCUUCGGCCACAGCCUCUCCAACAUGCAGUGGCUCGGGGUGUCCCUCGUCUUCGGUGCCAUCGGCGCCGAGGCCAAGAUCGCGACCGAGGAGAAGAAGGCCAAGGAGGCCGCCAAGCGCGCCGCUGCUGCUGGGAAGACGCAGUAG